AUGGCCAAUGGAACAGUAAACCAGCCUGGAAGCUUCCUGGCUGGUGCGAACCAGUUGUGCGUCGACGAGAGCCCCUCGGAAAUAUGUAUGGUCGCCAGCAUAUUAUUCUUCGCCAUGUUUAUCACACGCAAACGAGACUUCAAGAUCUUCGGCUCAUCAUCGCAACGUGAGGGUUACCUCGACCACGCCCCAAGGGAGUCCACCGACCGUCUUAUACAAUCCGACAGCGACAGCGAAUACGAUGAAGUUUACGCAACUAAGAAUCCAAAUGGGCCAAAAGUUCGAAGCCUAUGCUGCUGCAAGGUCACGACACCCAGCACCUGGCGGUUCCGGAACAAUGUACACAGCCGCAUACUGCAGCGCUUCCCAUUCUUGAUCGAAAUGUUCUACUGGAUUAUCAACUAUGCCUUCUACCGGAUGACCUCAAUUGCGUCCGCUAAGCUCUUUGCUGGGCGAGGGAUAUGGGACGUGGCACAAGAACAUGGAAUUGCCGUGCUCGAGGCCGAACAGAAUGGCUUGUUGAGCUUCUUGUUCCCUCUCAGAGAAAAAGAUGUGCAACAAUGGUUCAUGCAUGGACACCAGGAUGCGCUUACUGUGCUGAAUAAGUGCUAUGCGCUGAUCCACAUUCCUGGAACGGUGGGCUUCAUUUGCUGGUACUAUUAUGUGGCGCCCUCUUUCGACACAUUUGCCAUCGCCCGUCGCACGCUCACCCUUACCAACUUUUGCGCCUUCAUGACCUUCGUCGUAUACCCGUGCAUGCCACCUCGUCUUUUACCUUCCGAAUACGGCUUUCUCGAUACAGUCCGCCACGAUGAUGCACAGAGCGUAUGGAUGAGCGGCAAAUUCGUCAACCAGCUUGCCGCCAUGCCCUCGAUGCAUUUUGGUUACUCCUUUUGCAUUGGUAUGACAAUGAUCUAUCAUUCAGGCCUCUUUCGCCGAACCCUGGAGCAGGGAGAAGUCCGCAAAAACGCUUUCUGGAAGAUCUUCUAUUUCAUACUCGGUGUCGGGUACCCAUCGUUUAUUCUGACGGUCAUCGUCGCUACAGCCAACCAUUACUUUAUGGAUGCGCUAGUCGCCACAUGCUUCGUCUUCCUAUCUUUCAUGUGCAACAAGGUCUUUUACGUCUUUAUUCCGCUAGAGGAUCUUCUGUUGUAUGUCAUUCGAGCGGACAAACCAGUGCCGACGACUGGCGAACGAUUCCACGAAAAGGGUGGUCGACUGUAG